UGUCCACUUUCAGAUUCCCAUGAAGCUAGUGGGUCCUCAACGCCUCGACAUCAGCAAGCCUCACCUGCCUCAGGUUCUUUUCAUCCAGGAUUGCCUACUCCGUCCCUGAUCUCUCCCUUGCCAGGCCGAGCUACUACACCCUCUUCAAAAUAUCAACAACAGACUUCUCCCAUCCAUAGUACAUUUACUGCUUCCAGUGUAAUUAGCCCUGGUCCUCUGCGAAACUAUUCCGACUACCUUUCUCCUAGCACUAUCAGUAUCCACGAUACGGGAUCUGGUGACUUCGAGCCUCUGAGCCAAACUGGGGGUCUUGCAAAUGGUGAGACAGGUAAUUCAACUACCAAUCUGCCAUGGCCCAAUUCCACUGUGACUUCAACUUCACCUGCUAGUUCAUCGCUCCUUUGCUCUAUUGCUCAAUCUAACUCUGUGGCCGCUAUGACUCCGGGCUUUGAGACAAAUAUGACAGUGACCCCAGUGGCAGCAACAGGCGUCGGCUCGCCUUCAGCUAUUUUCUGCGCUCCUACUUCUAGCCACAUUUUCUUGUUGCCUGCACAAGUUUCCGGACCUCCAGCGUCAACUGAUCAUGUCACUGGAGAGCUCGAGGACUCCGGGCUCUCUCAUAUCACUAUCACUUCAACCCCAUCUGCUUCGACAAUGGUAACCACGACCACCACUUCGGGACUGGUUGCAUCUUCCUCCGUAGCAUCGUCUUCAGUCGGCCCUCUAACCCCCAAAGUUAUCUUGCCGCGAGAUGAACAUAUACCGAGACUAGUGAGUCUGCCAGGUCCAACAUCACUAGCAGCACUGCUUCCCUCACCCCUUACUUCAUCUGGCCCAGCCAUUGAUUCUGCUGUGUCUAUUAUGAUUCGGCCACUUUUGUCUGCUGCUUGUGGGGCCAAUGGACUGCCGACAUCGUCAGAUAAAUGCCUCUUGGCCGACUUAGACUCAUGUUCUGUGUAUCUAGAUGAUAAGCAGUUGACGCGACAGCCUCAGCAAUCACAUCAUCUUUCAGUCCAGCACCAGAAAAAACAACAGCAACAACAGAUGCUACCUUUAAAGUCACCUCCAUCCGAUAGUACGACUUCAGGUAUUCCCCUCUUCGUGCAACUGGCACCUGCUGCUAAUUCUCAGAAUCCAGCGCUCGUGUUCCCUGGAAUUAGCCUCCAGCCAGGGCCUCAAGAUAUCCAAGGUCAUUCUGCUGUUAAGCUAACCACUUUAUCCACCUGCCACCGUCCCGCAUCCACUGGUCUAGACCAACUGCUCUCAAUGCCAACGGCCCUACAUUCAGGUCUACCCGCUUUUUCUAUAUCCUCAUCUUCAUCAUCGUCUUCAUCAUCCCUAUCUUCCUCUUCAUCCUCGAAUGAGCUUUUGUUGCUUGCACCCAAGUCCUCGAAUACAGUUUCUACAGAUGUGGUGGCUUGUCAACCUUCAUCUGUGUUAGAGGCGAAUGGACCUACCACUGUUUAUAGCAACGGCGUGAGUAUCAACAAUCUUCCGAUUUCAGCUUCUCCUGCUCCUGAUGAUCUUAGCUGUUUAGCUCCUCCACUCCGUCCAUUGAGUCAGUCGCAAUUAGUCCUUGCCUCAAGGAACAUGAGUACAACUUCAGCUAUCGCCUCUACUGCUGUGGCCACCAUAGCCACUCUCAGUACUUCCAUGCUUCCAGGUUCCUUGACCUCUCCCUCUCGGACUACCUUGUCUACAUUCGCCUCCUCCCCAGCUCUCACUUCUAUCUCUCCCUCUUCUUCGUCUCUUCCUUUAUCUGGAGUUAUCGGUAUUACACCGCACCCACCGCCUUCAGGCUCUAUUGCUGGACUAGUUUCAUCCAACGUGGCAUCGACCAGCACAUCUAUUGGCAGCAGCAGAACUAGCAACACCAACUCAACUUCUUCCAUCACUUCAGGUACCAGUACAACUGUUGGGCUCUCCUCCCCUUCUUUAUCUACAGGACUCAACUCUACAUUGGUGAGUGUAAUGACGGGCGCUGCUACGACUGCUGCUACCGCUUCUUUGCCUGCCACCACGGCAUCCUCUUGUCUUGGCCUCACGUGUGCAGUCACUACCUCCAAGUUGCCACUCUCACCAGCCUCUGUGGUCACGAACGGAGCAGGAGCUGGCAUUGGAGGAAGUUCUGGAAGUGGAAUCACAGCUACUGCUGCUCCAACAACACGACGCGCCUUCUUUGUGGAUGGCAACAGUCUAUCCGAGACAGUAGCCUUGUUGCAAAGCAUGAAUCCAAAGGCGACUGUCACGCAGCAGCAAUUUCUGCUGAUUCCUACAUCAAACAAGUCACACGUUGUUCUCUGUCCCCAACCCCCUACUGCUGCACUAACUAGUAUCAGCCCUCAGAAACUCGCUGCUGCUGCUGCAGCCUCUGCGAUGGGAGCAAACUCUAGCACUAUUCUGUCGGCGCCUGCGACCAGUGAAUCUGAUAAGCUGACAAGCGGGCUUGUUGCCCAGUCGCGCCGAACUGCAGCCUCCAUCCCCGCCUCUGGGGAAGGACACAAAUUAUUACAGCUUGUCAUGACCAAGUCGGAAAGUGCACUUGAAACACUUGUCGGUCUGGCUGGCUGUGAAACAUCCGUCGUCAAUGCUAGCACGGUAAUCGGCAGCCAAAACUUGCUGUCCACUAGUAUCAACACCAAUACUCUAGCUAAUACAAAUAACACCGCUAUAGGGAAUAUCAGCAAAGGAGUGUCUAGAUUGACUGCUCCUGACCACAAUAACUUAUCAAUCGGCGGCUCUGGAGACACAAGGACAGCUGUCUCACUUUCUCUUGUUAAUGGAACCUCUGUUAAUUCGCUAGCUGUUUCUGCAUCUUCUAUAUUGUCUUCCUCUACUUCCUGUCCUGUAUCUUCCGCCUUGUCGGCAUCUUCGUUAGUGCAUCAGAGUCUUGCUAACUCCACGGCUUCCACUAUCAAUACCAACUCCUUCAUGUCGAAUUCCGCCUCUCAAUCGGCUCGAUGCGCUCCUAAGCCAACAUUUGUUUCAGAAUCUAUGCCAGGACUCGCCACUUUACUCCCUAUAGGGCCUGUGACCGUUCGGCAGCAAAAACAAGCUCUUCUCCCCGGAUUCUCUGCGGGUACUUCUAUUCAUAGUUCAUCAACUCUUACACCAACCCCAAUCACGAUUACGAGUUCAGGCACCUCGACUCCCAGUUUUGUGACCAGUCACUCGACUGGCUGCUUAAGUAACUUCGUUUCCUUAGCACCAAAAACCCUUGCACCUUCCUUGCAUCCGAAUGGGCUUCAUGCAGUGUUGGCCUCCAAUACUGGUCCGCCUCUUCAGCAUCAUCAACAACAACAGCCUCACCAUAAUAUACUUCGAACCAGCCAACAUCAGCAAGCACAACAACCCCAGCACCACAAUCACCUUGUGUCAACUCUUGUGCCCGUCUCUGAGAUGCCUACGCCAGUAGGCUGUGUCUCUGGGCCAAGCUUCGUGACUAGUUCUGGCCUGCCCGCUUCAUUUAUCUUCGGCGGUUUGCCUAACGGUUUGGUCUCUGGCAGUGUAAUGGAAGCCACUGCCCUACCGACCGGUCUUACUGCUACCUCUGCUGUUACAAGCACUAUUAGUUGUAGCAAUAGUGGCAAUAAUAAUAGCAGCUGCAGCAAUGGCUCAAACACAUCUUCAAUCGGCCAUGCUCCUCUGGGCAGUGUUUUUUUGACGCCAGCUCUUUCAAAUCCACCACUGAGUGCAGUCGUGGCUUCUGCGAACGGUAACGCUGCGUCUGGAGGGGGUCUUCUGGCCAGCUCUCUCGUCUCGGCUUCGCUGCACACCGCUGGCACAACCCAAUUCUCUACGCUUUCUGCCAACCAUCAUCCCCACCAUGGUCAACAACAGUCCGUCCAACAUGUCCAGCCACAGCAGCAGAUGCAUCAAACAUUUUCUCAUCGGCCUUUCAUAAUGCAUCAAGCCUCUGCACAGACAAUGUUUACUUCUGCUAGCACCUCAGCCACCCCUACCCUAUCUGGCCCUUCUGUAUGCACCGGAGCAGGCGCUGUCUCACGUUCGCUUUCUUCGUCUGGCCUCCUCUCGGUGGCCUGUUCGACUCCAUCUUUGAUCGCCCCGCGGCCACCCACCGUGACCACUAAUGGAAUUGUCUCAAGCGCAGGAAAUGGGGGCCUUGUAUUUUCCUCCCCUACCUUAUUGACCGCCAGCUCGAGUCACUUACAGGCAAUCGGUACACUUUCCCCUCCCUCCCUUGCUGGCACCGCUACUAUGGCCACUCCCAUCACCACCAGUGGAACUACGAUCGUCUCCAGCCUUCUCCCUCCUCUUCCUCAGCCUACAGUAGCUAUUUCAGAGACCGUCUCCUUAACCGGUCUCUUAGAAGCUUCGCCAGCCCAGUUGGCGGGUCGACAACGCCCAUUUGGUGGUUCGGGUUGUGUUCCUCGCCGUCUAGUUUCUAACGCCUCCCGAGUUGUCACUGCUACCACAGCUAAUCAACCCGCAGCGCCACAGCCGGGAUCAGCUGCAGUGACGCUUGUCACCGCCGGUCUCCCAUCGGCCUGCCUCUCGAAACCAGUUAGCCUGCAAUACGCACAGCAGCAGCAUCAGCAACAACAACCGCAUCUUAACAACUCGAGUCAACAGUUUGUGACUGGCAGUUUGGCCUUUGCUACUCAUCCGAUCUUUCAUCCCCACCACCAUCAGCAGCAACAACAGCACAUAUCACACCCAUUGCAACAUCAGCCUAGUCAACAAAUUUCAGGCCAGCCACAUCAACAUUUAGCGCAACAAUACCAGCAUCAGCACCAGACUCACCCACAAGCUACUGCUUCUCUGAUCGCAACGAACACCGAAUCAACGGGUCCUGGCUUUCCUACUCAUGUUUCGUUGCCUCAUGGCACGACCACACACUACUUGACCGCGACUGCACCGGGAACAGCACAAUUUUUAGCCGCAUCCUCUAUUUCACAACUUCCAUCUGGGACAUCAACUCUAACUACAACAGCAACAACACAAUCGCAACAACCGCCUCUAAUCUCACCUGUCUCUUCCUCCCCCUCCGAUUCUGCUCUCUCGGCCUUCAUGCAGACAGGUUGUCCUCUCACUGUUUCUGGGCCAACGACAUUCUUAUUGGCAAGUGGCCCGUCUCCCGCCGGCCUUUUUACCACCGCCUCCCUUGCGACGGAUACUCAGCAUACUCUUUCUUCAGGAGCCCAUCUUAGACUAUCCCAGCAUCAGCAGCAAUCUCAAGCCCAGCAUCAACAACAAUCUCAAGCCCAGCAUCAACUUGUAAGUUGGUUUCUCGUAUGCGUUUUUCGUUCUUAG